AAGUGACCUACAGGAGACCUUAAGUACAUACCUGAAACGACUUGAUUCAUACAUCGCUGAACACACUACAGAAGUAGGCCAAAAUCCAGAUAAACCAAAGUUGCCGGAUUUGCCUCCCCCGCCACUUCCCGCAUCCAACCCUUCUAAAGUAACAACACCAACUGCAGUUGACAAAGAAAAUGGAAGCAAUGACAUGCUGUCUGUGGAGGAGCUAGCGGCUCAGAGGAAUCUAUCAUGGCAUUAUGCAAAUAUUCCAUCUAAGAAGAUUGGGAAGCCAAAAGUCAUACAGACAGAUGAUAUUUAUGAAACACCUAUCAAUGAAGAUGAUAUUCUUAAGGAAAAAUCAUAUAGUUCACCUGACAGUGACCAAGAAGAAUACGAAGUGCCCUUGGUUUCGGAAAAUAUUGGCUCGCCAAGUCGCGCUAUUGAUGAUGAUGGGGAAGUUUAUGAAGAGCCAGGUGACUAUGAAAACACCAACCAUCAGGGCCGUGUCAUUGAGGACGAUGACGUCUAUGAGGACCCAGAGGAUAAACAGGAUGGCGCAAAUGGUGGACUGUCUGAUGCUAGCGGUUCUUAUGAGUCAUUUGAUUCUGAUGAGUACAUAGAUGAUACCGAAAAAAGUGCCCCAUCAUUGCCCGAAAAAUCCAAACCCCUUAAACAAUCAAGGAACACAAAAGCAGAACAGUUUAAAACGCGAUGUGAAAAUGACCCAUACAUCAUACACUCUGGAAUCCUGUCUUUCAAAACAUAUUCUGGAACGUUAUCAAGAAUUUCUCUAGGAAAGUGGAGUAUAAAGUACUGUAUUGUGUACAAAGGACUUUUAAGUCUUUAUAACAAACCAUUGGAUAAAACGCCGUCAAAAAACCUGACUCUCUUCGGGUAUAAUAUCACAGAACAGGGACCGGAGAGCAAGUACGAACACGUGUUUGGAAUUCAGCAUCAGGGACAAUCCACACAAAACUUUGCAACCACCACUAGGGAAAACUUAGAAACAUGGAUAAAGGUCCUACAAGAAGAAUCAACAAAUGCAGACAACAUUCCGACUUAUAACAAAGAUCCACACAGUCCACCAGUGGAGCAGUCAGACAGUACAUUAAAAGGUAAAAUCAAGAUAUCCAACUUAGUCAAAAGGAGAUCCAAACCUGUGCCAAUACAGUUAAGUGAGGACAAAGAAGGGAACCUUGCAGGGCUUGUGAAUAUUUUAAGUCCUGUUAAUGGAGAACCGAAAUGGAAAGAACGUUUCUGUUUUGUUACAAGCCAACUUCUCCAUGUAUAUAAGGAUGUUGGAGCUGAAAAACUGAUAUUUUCACAACCCUUGAAGGGUAUGGAAAUUGGACAAGGGAAACCAAACAUUAAAAGAAAAAAUACAUUGACACUGUAUCAAGGAGACACUGUCUAUGUGUACAUACAGGCUGUCAAUCAUGUAGACCAUGGUAAUCUUUUAAGCAAAUUGAUCAAGGAAACUGGUUUUGGUGAGAGCUUGGAGAGUGCUUACAUCACACCCUCAGAACAAAUGGACAUGCCCCGGCCAAAAACCUCAACUUCAAAGCAACCGAGUAUAUUUUCUCUUAUGCAACGUUUUGAGAUGCCAGCAGAGAGUGAUGACACAAGCAAAGCUGGCACUCACGACUCAGUUUACCUUGAAAUGGAGGACCCAUCAGAGACCAAGCCAGAUACACCCACCUUUACUGUGGAAGAUACCGGUAACGACGACACAGAACCAGUAUAUGAAAAUAAUGCCAUACGAUCUACUUGGAUCAGGUCAAAACUCCAGAAACAUUCACCAAAUAUAAAAAAAAAGAAUGGUAAAGAAAAAGAAGAGAAGGAAAAGGACAAAGAAAAGAAGGAAAAGAAGGAAAAGAAAAAGAAGAAAAAGAAAGACAAAGAAAAAAAGUCAGUUGAAGAGAAGGAAGACACAGAGGAAAAUACUGAGUCAGUAGAUGUCUCAAGUCAGCUCAGUACACAGACAAGUUCUGAUGCGCCUGCAACUGAAGAUGUUGCUGAAAUAAAGGUCAAAGAAAAAACACCUACACAAGAUGCUCCAAAGAUUGAAAACAAAUUUGUGACGUCAGAUAAGAAACAUUUACUUGAUGUUGAUCGACUACAAAGUGAGAGAAAAAUACUGCUUGAGAAGAGAGAAGACUUGCGCAUAAGAAAAACUGAACUAAGGUGGGCAGGGUCAUGGGCUUGUUCCGUCGCUGAAAGACUAUUUUAG